AUGACUACUACGACUGUUAACGCACCUGUCCACUACAACACGGACAAAUGGAUCGAGGAGAACCAGAAAUUCUUCCUCCCACCUGUGUGCAACAAAAUGAUGCACAAUGAAGGACAGAUGAAACUGUUCUAUGUGGGGGGACCAAACCAGAGGAAAGACUAUCAUAUAGAGGAGGGUGAGGAGCUGUUCUACAUGAUAAAAGGGGACAUGUGUCUGAAAGUGGUGGAGCACAACAAACAUAGGGACAUUCACAUUAAAGAAGGACAGAUUUUCCUGUUACCAUCCAGAGUAGCCCAUUCACCUCAGAGACAAUCUGACACCAUCGGCAUGGUGAUAGAAAGGGAAAGGGACCAGAAAGAGAUGGAUGGCCUCAGAUAUUACAUAGAGAAGGAUGGUGCCUCAACUUUAGAAUCUCUGUAUGAGGAGUGGUUCCACUGUGAAGACCUUGGUGUGCAACUCGCACCAAUAAUAAAAAAGUACUUUGCAUCUGAAGAGUUCAAGACAGGACGACCCACUGGUACUAUUCCAGACCCUCCUUUUAAUCUGGAUGCAACAGUAGAAUUAGAGGAACCUUUCAGUCUGAAGGAUUGGAUUGAUAGGAAUCGUGAGGAGCUGGAUGGUAAAGGCAUGGUCAACAUGUUUGGCAAAGAUAGGCAGUUUGAGGUCAAUGUUUAUGGAAAGGGUGAGAAUACAGGGAAAUGUGAUAAUGCUGAAAUUUUCAUUUGGCAGCUGGAGGGAAAUUCUACUGCGAAUGUCGAUGGAAAAGAAUUUCAUUUGACUUGUAAUGACUCCCUCCUUGUUCCAAUAGGAAAGAGUUAUACAUCCAAGCGAGGAACAGGAUCUGUGGCCCUAAUCUGCUUCCAGGACCCUACUCGUAAGGACGUGCGGCAGUAGCAAUGUCAAGGAUAUAUUUACCUUGAAGUGGCAGAGUCAGUGUUCUUCACAAACUUGAUAAGUGGAUUGUGACCUUCACAUCUGAUCAAUCAAAGACAAGGUUUCAAUAUCAAGGUUAGUUGAAGGUAACACUUCAACAAUCAGUAUGUCAGGAUAAGCCUGACUGAAACAGUAUUAUUUUUAUUGGUUGUGGUACUCUGUAUUCUUUAUUACUGACAUGAAUUAGGAAUACAAGUCAAAACUGAUUUUCACUUAAAACAUUCUUUGUAUUUUUAAUUAUUUCUGUUCAUUCAUCAAUUUCACUAAUACUGUUGUCUUAAUUAUCAAAUGUAUUUGACCUUAUGGCAAAAUUGUAAAAUUGUAACUUGGCCACUGUAAAUGUUUUUUUACAACAACUUCUUUCAAUACCUAUACAAAAUACAUUACAGAAUAUGUAUAUUUGAUCAUCAUUGUUGCUCAUACUUUCACAUUCCAUUGGUACUGCUAUUCAGUGUUGUAGUAAUAACUGGUAAGGUGCAUAUGUAAAUCUAAACACAAAGUGGUGAUCAGAACAAUUACAAAUUGAGAUGUCUUUCAAACGAUGUAGAACUUUUAAUUUAGUGACUGCAUCUUGGGUCUGUCUUUCUGUCUGUCUUACUUCAGUUUCCUGGUGAUACCUUGGGUCUGUCUUUCUGUCUGUGUUACUUCAGUUUCCUGGUGAUAUCUUGGGUCUGGAUUUCUGUCCAUUACACUUUAGUUUCCUGGUGAUACCUUGUGUCUGUCUUUCUGUCUGUCACACUUGUUUCCUGGUGAUACCUUGGGUCUGUCUUUCUGUCUGUCUUACUUCAGUUUCUUGGUGAUACCUUGGGUCUGUCUUUCUGUCUGUCUUACUUCAGUUUCUUGGUGAUACCUUGGGUCUGACUUUCUGUCUGUCUUACUUCAGUUUCCUGGUGAUACCAUGGGUCUGUCUUUCUGUCCAUUACACUUUAGUUUCCUGGUGAUACCUUGGGUCUGUCUUUCUGUCUGUCUUACUUCAGUUUCUUGGUGAUACCUUGGGUCUGUCUUUCUGUCUGUCUUACUUCAGUUUCCUGGUGAUAACUUGGGUCUGUCUUUCUCUCUGUCUUACUUCAGUAUCCUGGUGAUACCUUGGGUCUGUCUUUCUGUCCAUUACACUUUAGUUUCCUGGUGACACCUUGGGUCUGUCUUUUUGUCUGUCUUACAUCAGUUUCCUGGUGAUACGUUGGGUCUGUCUUUCUGUCUGUCUUACUUCAGUUUCCUGGUGAUACCCAGGGUCUGUCUUUCUGUCCAUUACACUUCAGUUUCCUGGUGAUACCUUUGGUCUGUCUUUCUGUCUGUCACUCUUCAAUUUUUCAUUGUGAUGGCUUGAGUUUGACCAUCACCAUUCAGUUCCUAUGUGAUAGCUUCAUUGAAAAUUAUUAAUGUAUCUUUGUAAUCUUUGGAUAUUGAUGUGUCUGUUAAUGUGCUGUAGUGACAAUAGUAUGGUAGAAGGAAUCAGUUUAUCAUCACCAGUAUAUAUUUUCUGUUCCUGGUGUUAUAUAUUACAUGAUCACCUGUUUACACUGUUAUCUGGUGUUAUAUAUUGAUAUAAUAUUAUAAUGUUUUUAAGGACUUUGAUUAAUGUUGUUUUAUAUCAGUUCUCCUGUAAUACAGUAGAUAUGGAAAGGUGAACCUGUUGUUUUUUGAAAGGAUACUCGUUUUGUAAUACUAGCAUUUUUUAUUUUAAUCAGUUUUGCAAAGACAAUAAACAGAUAUUUUAUAAAAGUU